GUAUGUUUCAGGGAAAUGAGUUCCCAGCAGGAACCAUUGGUUCCCAUUAACACGAAUGAAGACAAGCGAACUCUGGAGCUCAGUGGUCAUGUGGGGUUUGACAGCCUUCCAGAUCAGCUGGUCAGCAAAGCAUCUGCACAGGGAUUCUGCUUCAACAUCCUCUGUGUGGGUGAGACUGGGAUUGGCAAGUCCACAUUGAUGAACACUCUUUUCAAUACAACAUUUGAAAAUGAGGAAGCCAGCCACUAUGAGCAAAAGGUGGAGCUGCGCCCGCACACUUAUGAACUGCAGGAGAGCAAUGUCAACCUCAAGCUGACUGUUGUGCACACUGUAGGGUUUGGAGACCAGAUCAACAAAGAACAGAGCUACAAACCCAUACUUGAGUAUAUCGAUGCCCAGUUUGAGAAGUUUCUUGAAGAGGAGCUAAAAAUAAAGCGCUCCCUGUUUAACUACCACGACACGAGGAUCCACAUCUGCCUGUAUUUCAUCGCCCCCAACGGACAUUCCCUGAAGUCCCUCGAUCUCGUCACGAUGAAGAAACUGGACAGCAAGGUGAACAUCAUCCCUGUGAUUGCGAAGGCAGACACUGUGUCCAGGAAUGAGCUAGAAAAGUUAAAGAUCAAGGUUAUGAGUGAGCUGGUCAGCAAUGGAGUCCAGAUAUAUCAGUUUCCCACAGAGGAUGAGGCUGUUGCAGAGAUCAACUCCUCCAUGAAUACUCUUCUGCCGUUUGCUGUGGUUGGAAGCGUAGACGACGUGAAAGUAGGAAAUAAGAUGGUGAAAGGAAGGCUGUACCCCUGGGGAUCUGUGGAGGUGGAAAACGAAAAGCAUUGUGAUUUUGUGAAGCUGAGGGAGAUGCUGCUGCGUGUGAACAUGGAGGAUCUCCGGGAGCAAACGCACGCUCGUCACUAUGAGCUGUACCGUCGCUGCAAGCUGGAAGAGAUGGGCUUCAAGGACACAGGCACUGACAGCCAGUCGUUCAGCCUUCAGCAGACGUACGAAGCCAAGAGGAAGGAAUUUCUUGUGGAGCUGCAGCGCAAAGAAGAAGAAAUGAGACAGAUGUUUGUCAACAAAGUGAAGGAGACAGAAGCUGAGCUGAAAGAGAAAGAAAAAGAGCUUCAUGAGAGGUUUGAGCAGCUCAAGCGUAUGCACCAAGAAGAAAAGAAGAAUCUGGAGGAGAAAAGACGAGAGCUGGAGGAGGAGAUGAAUGCCUUCAAUAGGAGGAAGGUUGCAGCAGAGACACUGAUGGGACAGGCACUCCAAGGUUGCUCACAGCAGCCAUUCAAAAAGGACAAAGACAAGAAGAAUUGAUUUAUGGAUCAAACAUCAGCGGAAACCAGGAAUGUUUGUGCCAUCAGCAUGGGAAAAACGAUCUUACGGAUCAGAAAGGGAGCCUUGUUCAGUGUAUUUAAGUUUCAUAUGCUGAUUGUGCUAAACACAAUAAUAAUAAUAAAUCAAUGGACUGUGUUCAUAACAUGUAACUUGUGUAAUUUUAUGUUCUUGACAAGAAUGUAUGUUCAUCUUCAGUUGUAAUUUUAAGUCUCUGGUUCUCAAUGAGACACUAACAGAACUUUAUAUUAAAAAAUGAAUAUUGAAUAAUCUUUCUACGUAUAUAUUAAUACAUUUAUUCACAAGAUGCUUUGUAACGUAUAUGAAUAUACUGAUCUUUUUUAAUUGUUGUUUUUCUCAGGUGAUAUCUUUCAAUUGCCUAAGCAGUGUUCUGUGCAGCAUUAUGAAGAACAUGAUUAAAUUUACUGACAGUGAAUCAGGAAAUGAACACAAUUUCUUUGCCUUCAUUUACAUUUAAAUAAAGAGAGAUGAUGGGAAACAGAA